AUGAAAUAUGAAAAAGUUGCGUUCCUGAAAGUACACAAAGCUGGAAGUUCAACGGCUCAGAACAUUUUUUUACGAUACGGAUAUUCUAGAAAUUUGACGUUUGUUCUGCCUAAAGUGCGAAAAGGUCACUACGACAAUGUGAUAGCUGUAUCAGCAUCCUUAAAUGAAGACAACAUAGUACCUGCACCGGAAAAUAAAACGUUUGAUAUAAUAUGUUGCCAUGUUUUGUACAACAGAAAGGCAUUUCAGAAAUACAUCCCUGGUAAAACGGCUUAUAUUGGUAUUGUUCGAGAGCCUUUUGAACAAUUUAUAUCCACACUGAAGUAUUUUCGACCCCCACAUAUAUUUAAAAAUAUAAAAGAAUUGAAUCCUGUAUUGAAAUAUCUCCAAAACCCAAGGAAAUAUGAAAAGGCCUAUUCUUACACAAACAAUAGAAUGGCGUUGGAGUUUGAUUUUCCCAGACAUCUGUUUACUAAUUACACACGAAAAGAAAGUCAAGCUUAUUUAUCAAAAAUUGAUAACGAAUUCCAUUUUGUUAUAAUAAUGGACUAUUUCAUCGAAUCCAUAAUAAUGAUGCGACGUAUAUUAGGAUGGAAUGUAAAGGAUAUGUUAUUCAUGAAGAAGAAUUAUCCCAAACAAUAUUGGCCUAUUGACAUAAGGUAUCGUAACUUGUAUGAAAGAUUCGCUAAACUUGAUUACGAUUUGUAUCAUUUUUUCUAUCGACGUUUAUGGGAACAAAUCCAACUUGAAGGAAUAGACUUUCAGCUAGAAUUGAAAUAUUUUAAAAUCCUCAGACAAGAAGUUGAGGAUUAUUGUGUCAAGGAGGUGACUAUGGCGGAUUCAUAUCCUGUGAAAGCCUCGUUUUGGAAUGUAGCAUUCAAUGUAACGAGGGAAGAUUGUACACUGUUGAUGAUUGCUGAGACUAACUUUGUUUCCCUUGUAAGGAAACGACAGUAUGAAAAUCGUUCGAAAUAA